UUGCAGAGCUCCAGUCAUACUCACAACCAUGAACUUCACCCUGAUAACAGCUUUUAGUCUCUGCAGCCUCUGCUGGUUCUCUGUCUCAGGUUCUGAGUUUCAGAAUAUGACUGUCCAGUUGGGUCAAGACGUCACACUCACAUGCUCUAAUGUUGACCAGUAUGAUACUGUGAUAUACUGGUACAGGGUGGUUGACAGAACCUCAGUUGCUCUUAUUGAUUCCGUGUUUCCAUCGACUAAAGUUGCCACAAAAAGUGAUCGACUCCAAAAUGGAAAAUAUGAAAUAAUCUCUGACAACUCCUCUGUCCUUCUCAAAAUCAAGUCACUGGAUUUAUCAGACUCUGGGCUGUAUGUGUGUGGAAAAAUCAGAAAGCAGGAUCUACUUUUAAGUGGGACAUAUUUAAAGAUUGAUGGCACUGAUGAGUCUGAUGGUAACAUGGACAACAAAUGUAAACCUUGUCUUUGUUCUAAAGAGUCUGAUGAAAUGGUAAAGCUGGUGAGUGUGGCCCUGGAUGGACUGACUGUUGUCCUUGUUAUGGUCAUCAUUGGUCUGGUUGUUCAAAACUUGAAGCUUAAAAAAGAAAAUAACCUGACCCUGAAUGUCCUUAAAACGAAAGAACUUAUCAUGGAUUUCAGGAGGAUCAGACAGGACCACACCCCCCUCCUCAUCAACGGAGAGCAAGGGGAGACUGUCACCACCUUCAGGUUUCUUGGCACCCACAUCUCCGCAGACCACUCCUGGACUCACAUUGGGGUCCUGGUAAAGAAGGCUCAGCAGUGGCUACACUUCCUGCGUGUCCUCAGGGAGAAGAAUCUGAACACGAAGCUGCUGCUGGCCUUCCUCAGUGGAGAGCGUACUGACGUACUGUCUGGGCGUCUGCAGCUCUCCUUCCAUAAGAAGGGAGAAAUGGUCAACUUUGGAAAGUGUGAAUGGGGUUCCAAGAAGAGUUUCAGUUGUAUCGCCGUUUAA